AUGUCAAGCGCGUGGGAUUUUGAAACUAUAGGAAUAGUUAAAGAGGACGAGAUUCACGAGUCUUCGAAGGAUUCUAUUGUGUUUAAUUGUAAAAGAUACAGUGUUAAUUUGCCUUGGAACGAAGGACAUAGAUUAGAUUCUACAAAUUUUAAUGUAAGCUUGAAAAGACUAAAAGGUCAGUUAGUCCAGCUGAAGAAAGAACCAGACAUUUUGAACGAGUAUGACAAGACAAUCAAGGAUCAGUUGAGUAACGGUGUUAUAGAGCCAGUCAUAGAAUUAGAGCGAGCCGAUAAAAUACAUUACCUACCACAUCAUGGAGUUGUUCGUAAAGAUGCAAAGACAACCAAGGUACGAGUUGUUUAUGAUGCGUCAUGUAAAGAGUCACCAAAAGAUUCCUCGCCUAAUGACUGUUUGCAUGCUGGACCUAAAUUAGUGCCAUUGUUAUUUCACAUUUUGAUAAGGUUUAGGGAGAAAAGAGUUGCGUUAGUGGCAUACAAUGAAAAGGCAUUUUUGAAAAUUGCAGUUGACACUUCGGACAGGGAUUGCCUAAGAUUUUUAUGGGUAGAUGAUGUGAAUAGUGAAAGGGUAAGACAUGUGGAUUACCGGUUUUGUAGAGUAGUGUUUGUGGUUAAUUUGCUCUCCAUUUUUGUUGAAUGCAACGCGACAGUAUCAUUUAGACUCAUUCAUGGAAGUAGAUAG